CAAAGGGAGUCAGUGCACUAUUGCACACUGUAAAAUGGUCACCAGAAUUCAAUCCAACAAGUAAUUCACAUUCACUUCAUACUUGAUUUUUCUGUAUGCCACCCUCAUUGUUUGAAAUAUAUACCCUUAAACUAAUUUCCUGACACAGCAGCGGACAGACUUAUUUAGUUGUUUUUUGUGAAUAUUUGUCAAUGGAAAUUUCUGGAAACAUAAAUGUUAUUUCCCUUUUUUGAACUAUGUUUCAAUUGACGUCGACGAGCCAAAAAUGUCAAGCUCUUGCUGCGGGGAACGACGAGGACAGACCCCCUCUUUUUCUCCACUCCUGCUCCUCCUAUUCGAGCUGCUUUUGUUUUGGUAGCAGCAGGUUGACAGAGCCUGUGUUUGCUACUGCUCAAAUUAACCAGAAGCGUUUCGUCCUCACGUUAGCUUUGACAGCUAAUUUGGUAACACAUCGGUGGUGGCGCAGAAGUUCCCGGAUACAACGACAAAAAACAAUUUAAUAUAUGAGUUACAAUGACCUUUGUUUAAACCCUGGAACGCCGGUAAUGAAAGUGUUAUAACCGUGUAUUCAUUUGAGGCGUAGCCCAGUAGGAGCCCCGUCAGAGUCGGAGCAACCUAUCCCCGAAGACCGGCGGGUACGUCUGCGAUAAUGCUCCUCUUUUUGCUGGUGGUGUAACUUGUAGCUGUAAGGACUAGGAGCUGUGAGAUUUAUGAUGGCUUGCACUGGAAGCUAGUUCGUGUAUAGCUUUUUUUUAAACAACAUGUAAACUAACCCGUCGUUAAAAAGGGGGGAGCUGACUCGUGACCGAUAUUUGUGCAGGAAGAGUCCGUUUUAACAGCCCCUGCGACCACCGUGAAUAAGAAACGCACCGACGGCGAGGAAACAUCCGAGGCUACUACCCCCUCUCCUUUAGUCAACUUCUUUUCGUUCGUGCUUUCGGUCCGGGUUCUUUUUACAUUUUUUUAAAAAGUUACCCUAUUUUUAAUCUCGUGACGCCUACAUAUGCCUGAGUCAACGACUGUGUCUACAUCCCGAAGGCGGUGAGGGAAGAGCCGUGGGAGGCAGCGGCAGCUCCAGGCUCACUGACACUAAAGCCGAGGAGAGGCAUCGCUGAAAUGAGAUGAGGCUCAGAAAUGGAACUGUGGCCACCGCGAUCAUAUUCUUUACGUCCUUCCUUAGCCUGUCCUGGUACACAGCAUGGCAGAAUGGCAAAGAGCCACUCCCUGGAGACAGGAAUCAACAACAGCUUCCUUUGAACAAUGGCUAACUCUGAAGAUCUCAGAUGAGUAUUGUCCUUGGGGUUGCCGGAUCAGCCUAUGUCAUGCUUAUGGCAUGUCCUUAUAUGCACCAGUGAUCUGUUUAAUGCUGCUUCUAAUGACGUGUUUUAUAGUUGUUUUUUUUGACCCCAGUCUUUUUCUCUGGCAGUCUGACCUAUCCACAGUCACUAUACUGCUGUGACUGAGAUUUUGCUAGUCAGCUGUCCAAACAGUCCAUAUCAAUGACUCUCCAGAGUGUUGUGUUGUGUUGUGUAUUGUACUCUGUCCUGUAUUGUGGAAAGAGACCGAAUCUGUGUCUGUUUGAGCCAUGUAAUUCAUUUGAAUAGAAUAAGAACUGGUACAGCUAUAACUAGAAAUAACUGUGGGAAACUACGGUUAAAAGACGUACACACACAGAAAAACAGUUAAAAACCCAGAGUUUAGCAUCAACACUAGUGUCAAAACUUUUCACCUAUAACAUAAACUAUAUCCACCGGUUUAGUCACAGAUAAGAGAUCACAAAAAAUAGUUUAAAGGCUUGUAAUAGAAACGUGAAUAUGGUAGAAAAAGUAGAAAAAAAUAUGACAUGUAAUAACUGUGAUGAAGUCAUAGAUGAUCAGUGUUUCUCCAUCUUUUGAAUAAAUACUGGUCAAUAGGUUAAGGAUGAUAGCCAUUUUACUUUUUAGUUUCUUGAAGAAAGAACUUUUGUGACAAACUUUUGGACUUUUGCUGCACUUCCUGGUUGAGCUUUAGGAGCUUUUAUUUUAAGCCCAUUUAGCAGCGCUACUGGCUAGUUAACUAAGCACCAAUCUCUGUUCCCUGUAGCAAAUGGCUUCCUCCUUGCCUUCCGUAGUCCUUCCUCCCUGAUUAAGGACAGGCUUUUCUUCCAUCACUCUCAACACAAUGGGCCAAAAAUAGCAUCAGGGAUUGGGAUGAAGUGGGCUGUGGAGAAGACGGAUAAUUAGCUAUAAUGUGGGUGUAUAUAAUAAGGACUUGAUAAUCAUGUCUUUUUGGACAUUUUAAUGUAUACGUUCAUUAGAAUGAGCUAUAAGGUAUGCUGCAUGCCAGUGGAAUCCCAAGAGACUUUGGCUAGAGUUCGUAGAAGGGCGGGUGGGCUAAAGGAUGGAGAGAAGGGACAGGACUGCUGACACAACACACACAUGCGCCCACCACCCAUGAUCUCAGACAGGUCCUUCUGUGUCUUAACAGGAACCGCCAUCCUCGGCAUCAUUUAAAAGCUGAUAGCCUACCAACGGGAGUUCCAUGCAUUGAAAGAGCGCCUCCGUGUGGCAGAACACCGGACACUGCAGCGCUCGUCUGAGCUAAACCACAUUCUAGAGCAGUUCAGGCGAGCCAUUGCUGAAACUAACAACAGCAAAGAUGCUUUAACCAACUUUUCAGAUGAGACCCAGAAACUACUGAAGGAGCUGGCAAACAGGAAACAGCUCCAGGUGCCAAAUAUCUACCAUCACAUGCCUCACCUGCUUAACAAUGAGGGCAGUCUGCACCCUGCUGUGCAGGUCGGUCUCGGCCGCACAGGAGUUACAAUGGUGAUGGGAAUUCCCACAGUGAAGAGGAAGGUGAAGUCAUAUCUGUCAGAGACGCUGCAUUCGCUUAUAGAUAAGCUGUCAGCGGAGGAGAAGCUCGACUGUGUCAUUAUCGUCUAUAUCGGAGAGACUGAUCUGGACUAUGUUCACAUCGUUGUUGCUGGACUGGAGAAAGAGUUUUCAACAGAGCUGGGCUCAGGUCUGCUGGAGGUGAUCUCUCCACCUAGUGCCUAUUACCCUGAACUCCACAACCUGAAGGAGACUUUUGGAGACUCCAAAGAGAGAGUCAAAUGGAGAACUAAGCAGAAUCUGGACUACUCCUUCCUCAUGAUGUAUGCUGUGAACAAAGGUGUUUACUACGUCCAGCUGGAGGACGACAUCGUGGCCAAACCCAACUACUUUGCCACCAUGAAGAACUUUGCUCUGCAGCUGUCGUCAGAGGACUGGAUGAUCCUGGAGUUCUCCCAGUUGGGCUUCAUUGGAAAAAUGUUCCAGGCUCCAGAUCUGAACCUCAUCGUUGAGUUCAUCUUCAUGUUUUACAAGGAGAAACCCAUCGACUGGCUGCUGGACCACAUCCUCUGGGUCAAAGUCUGCAAUCCAGAGAAGGAUGCGAAACACUGCGAACGACAGAAGUCCAGUCUGCGUGUUCGGUUCAGGCCCUCCCUGUUCCAACACGUGGGUCUCCAUUCUUCUCUUGCCGGAAAAAUCCAAAAACUCACAGACAAGGACUUCCUGAAGCCGCUGUUGCACAAGAUGCACGUAAAUCCCCCGGCGGAAGUCUCCACCUCCAUGAAGGUGUAUCAGGGUCACACACUGGAGAAGACGUACCUGGGAGAAGACUUCUUCUGGGCCAUAACUCCUACUGCAGGAGACUUUAUCCUCUUCAAAUUUGACAGACCAGUGUAUAUAGAGAGGUUCCUGUUUCGCAGUGGUAACCAGGAGCACCCAGGGGACAAAAUUGAGAACACCACAGUGGAAAUACUGCCCGUCAAGGAGAGUGGAAUGCAGACCAAAGAGAAGUACAAGAGGACAGAUGAUCGCUUCUAUGUAGUGGGUCAGUUUAAGAAGGGUGUGGCAGAAGGGGUUAUAGAUCCUUCCUUCAACCCAGUCUCAGCACUCCGGCUCUCUGUGGUCAAGGACUCUGCAGUCUGGGCCAUCCUCAGUGAAGUACAUAUAAAGAGGAUAAGUGGCUGACUGCACUUUCUGGAUGGUAGGGGGGUUAGAUGAAUCAUGGCCCCUGAGGGACCAAAAUCUCCUGGACUGCUUAUGCAGGGCCUCUGGCACCUAGCAACCAGCAGUGAAAUCAUUAGAGUCCACUAGAGUAGCUCAAGUGAUGCUGACUGAAGAAACCCCACCUUUCUCUGCCCCCGCCCCACCCUUCCAGUUACUUAGUCGGUCACCGAUCUGUUUCUCUCUCUCAUUCUGCAGCUCCUGUACUCCUCACCACCACCCCCCUCCACCACCCCACCCUGCCCGUCCUUAAUUCAUUUGUGAGAUUGUAAGCAGGACUGCCUAAGGAGCAGCAUUGGAGCGUAACAAGACCUUUGCUGCUCAGAGGCUUGGGAUACAAUCAGAGCAAAAACCCUGGACUAAUGGGAAGAAUCUGGAAAAAGGAAGAGAAGCAGUCGCCUUGCUACUGGUGCAGAUGCUGCCAAAUUCCUCAACGUUGUUCAAUGCUGCCACCUGUGGGCGAGCUGGGGUCUUGCACUGUCACUGGCGCCCCAGCAAAAGGCCACGAUGAUGAAGAAUGUUGAUAUCAGUAAGGCCAGUUCUUAUUUUCCACACCAGCCCAGACAAAAAUAUUGUCCUCACUCCUGGAGUAUUCUUAAAUGUGUUCACUUGUCCUCAGGACCAGACUUACCACACUGGCUACCCAAAUCCUGCCUGCAGCCAAUCGGUAAAAACUUUUGACCCCAGCAUAGAUUUGUAAUAAUGAACCCUUUCAUUACAGAAAAACACUUACAUUAAUCCACAUGUGUCCUCACCCACUGUCAGACAGGCUGUUAACCCGCGUCCAUUUAUAUAGUGCACCAAUCAGACAUUGCCUUGUCAUUUUGUUUUGAAGGAAAAUAUUGUGAUAUUGAUAUAUUAUUACAACUUUGAUGAUUUAUGAAGGUGACUUAAUUUAUUUGAAAUAAAUCUUUAAUUUGUACAAGAGGUAAAAUAUAUUUUUAUUCUAUUGAGAGAUGUUUAUGAUAGUUGAAAAUCACUUUUAUUUGUGUUUUUUUUUUCUUCUGAAAUUAUACUGUAUAUUGUACAUUUUCUUUUAUGGCCUCUUGUGAAAUUGCUUUGUCUGCAGCUAGUAAGUCCUGAGUUUACUUCUGUUCAGUUUCUUUACACUUUAAAGUGAAAUGCUGAAAGCGACUCAGUUAAUUUCCACAGUCUUGAAUCUAUGUGGUAGACUUGAGUGUGUGAAUAGAUCCUUUUGAAGUAGUUCGUGGGUCAGAUAUAGAGAAAUGUGCCUUAUAUCCAGGUCUGUUUAACUUGUCUCACCAACUGUAGUCCAGCGUAUUCCCUCCACUUUCUACCCACAUGUCGAUUGCUGGAUAUACUAAUAUUUUAAGAGUGAUACGUUGAAGUCCGGUGAGUGAUGGAUCUUAUGGAGGAUCUCCCUGAAAUGCUGGAGAAAACUGGUGAUCAAUGUUUUCCCAUACCAGAUUACUAUCUGAAACGGCGUGAUUUGCACUGCUUUUUCGGUUGAUUUUACCCAUCACCCUUUUAACUGUGUGUACGUGGAAAUGUUCACCCACACUCACCUGCUGCUUUUUUAUUUUUGUGACCUGUCCAGACCUUUUUAAGAUUUGCUUCGUCCAAUCUCGUAUGUUUUCCUCAUUUUUUGAUUGGACCCAACAUUGUGACUACUGAUGACAGCACCUUUUUUGUGAAAUGAUUUAUCGGCAGUUGUUGAAUAUUUUCACUGACUGUAAAUCUGUAAAAACAGCAAUGAACAUCUUUUUUCUUUCUCUCACGUGAUAGUUUAUUUAAAUUCACUUGAAUGUGUGUUGUGUUUGUGUGUGCGGCCAAUGUUCAGAGUAUAAGCUGUUUUUGAAGUGAAAGUUCACUCAUUGUACAUUUCAGCGCUUUAUUAAAAAAAGGGGGUUUAGUGAAGUGCCUUUUGGUGAAGUUUAUACGAACGUGAUGAUUUUUUGCUAACAGUGCUUGUUCACAUGCAUGAUUGUCAUUUGUAAUUUAUGAAAAAUUGUUCUGUUUCUUUUGUUAGUUUUGAUCAACACAAAUAUUCAAAGUACAGAACAUGGACCUGCAUUUCCCUUUAAAUCAGAGUGUUUCAAUUGGAAGAUGUUGACGGGUCAAACAUUAAAAUGUGUCAAACACGUGGAGCAACAGAGCUCUACUACUAAAAGUAAGUGCAUGAUUCCAGCAUGAAUGGUUGUUUUGGAACUAGGGCAUGAGAUGACAACCGUUGUUAAAGAAACAAAAAGGAAUUACUUCAAUGACUGGAAACCCAAAAGACACGCAUCACUUCAUGUGCCUUCAUCAUGUCAUGUGAAUGCUGGCAUCUUUUUCCCAUGAACAUCUUUAAAAUAAACGAUUGAAAUUGCUAGAAAGCAUUGGCC